AUGAAGAAGGUCAAUUUUGUGACUGUUGAAGAGAUAGUUCCUGUUCAAGAAGGGGAGGAUACACAAUUUGCUGAAGUUUGUUACAUGACCAAUGGACAAGGAGGCUACAACAAAGGGUAUUACAACUACAAUACCAAUCCAGCCAUGUCUUACAGGAACGCAGACGUAGCCAACCCUCAGGAUCAGUUCUCGCUUGCGCGCAGAACGAAGCUUCGGAAGUUUGGCCGCGCGCGGAGGAGUUCCCGACGUCCAAAAGUUACGAUCUUGAUAUGGAAAGAUAGAUACUUGAGUCAUGCAUCACGUCGAAGUGGAAUGAAGCCAUUUGGAUCAACUAUGAGGCCUAGACUUAUUUUCUACCGAGACAUGUCCGGUAAGCGAGCAAACGAAGCCCAUGGAGGAUUUGGAGUGUCUAAUGGCCCGAGCAGCAGCGCCAAAGGCCUUGAUCGAAUAGAGAAGAGGCCUGGCUAA